UCACGUCCGCCCCUCGCUUCCGGCGCGGUGGCCUCCGCCAGGCAGACGGGACCCCGGCGCCCGGCCUCCCUCAGGACAUGCGGCGCUGAGGAGCGGCGGACCCUUCGCGGCGGCGCCAUGAACCUCCUGCCGUGUAACCCCCACGGCAACGGGCUGCUCUACGCCGGCUUCAACCAAGAUCACGGAUGCUUUGCAUGUGGGAUGGAAAAUGGAUUCCGAGUCUAUAACACUGAUCCACUGAAAGAAAAAGAGAAACAAGAAUUUCUAGAAGGAGGAGUUGGCCAUGUUGAAAUGUUGUUUCGCUGCAACUAUUUAGCGUUAGUCGGUGGCGGGAAAAAGCCAAAAUACCCUCCUAACAAAGUGAUGAUCUGGGAUGACCUGAAAAAGAAGACUGUUAUUGAAAUAGAGUUUUCUACGGAAGUCAAAGCAGUCAAACUGCGGCGAGAUCGAAUCGUGGUAGUUUUGGACUCAAUGAUUAAGGUGUUUACAUUUACACAUAAUCCUCAUCAGUUGCAUGUCUUUGAAACCUGCUAUAACCCUAAAGGCCUCUGCGUCCUGUGCCCCAACAGUAACAACUCCCUCCUGGCUUUCCCGGGCACCCACACAGGCCACGUGCAGCUCGUGGACCUGGCCAGCACCGAGAAGCCACCCGUGGACAUUCCUGCCCACGAGGGCGUCCUGAGCUGCAUUGCUCUCAACCUGCAGGGAACAAGAAUUGCAACCGCAUCUGAGAAAGGGACCCUUAUAAGAAUAUUUGAUACUUCAUCAGGGCAUUUAAUCCAGGAACUACGAAGAGGAUCUCAAGCAGCUAAUAUAUAUUGCAUUAACUUCAACCCGGACGCUUCCCUCAUCUGCGUGUCUAGUGACCACGGCACAGUGCACAUUUUUGCUGCCGAAGAUCCAAAAAGGAAUAAACAGUCCAGUCUGGCCUCAGCCAGUUUCCUUCCAAAGUACUUCAGUUCCAAGUGGAGUUUUUCCAAGUUUCAGGUUCCCUCAGGCUCUCCGUGCAUCUGUGCCUUCGGAACAGAGCCAAAUGCUGUCAUUGCGAUUUGUGCAGACGGCAGCUACUACAAAUUCCUAUUCAACCCCAAGGGGGAGUGCAUCCGGGACGUCUACGCGCAGUUUCUAGAAAUGACCGAUGACAAGCUGUGACUCUCCAUCAGGAAUGCAAUCAACACCCAUGGCCGACCGCCACCAAAGCGCUGAGUGUGCCCCACAGACUCCUGGGGCUGGUGCCGGCGGUGGGACUGCCCGGGGACGUCAGUCCUGCAGCCACUCUGUGGUCGUCUGUUUUUCUGAGCAGGGCUUCCCAUCUCCAGUAUUAAAGAAAGAAUCAUCAUCAAGGCGGCGUAGACACUUACGUGGCUCUGAGCAGCCCGGGCCCGGCUGCCGGCCUGUCUCCUUUAGCUCAGCUGUGACGCUUUUGUGCUUCCGCUGCCCCCCCCCCCCCGCUCCCCCCGUGCACUUGGGGGCUCCAUACACACAUAGGGACUGGGCUGAGAAAACAGUGGACAAAUUGAAGUUUGUUUUGGCAACAGAUUCCAUCAUUUUUACUGAGUCUGUAAUGGGGAAAGGAACAAAUAUGUAAAUGUUAGUUCUUCUAUUACAACCAGAUUUUUAAGUAGAGUAAUAAUACCAGCAGCUUGCCUUAGGAAAGGAGAAGGGACGUCCUUCUCCCGUCCGACCAUGAAGAAGAGAAACACGGCCGUGUUCAGGGACGCAGGGUGGGCGUCUUCUCUGCGCCUGUCGUGAGCCUGUGGCGUGGCUGUGCGCCUGUCUUUGUGUCGGGAUCUGCGGUCUCCUGAGUGUCCCUGGUGUGUGUCGAGAGCAGUGACCUGUAGACUUUCAGAAUCCGUCCCCGAGGAAAGCGUCCCGUAAUUCGGGGGAGGGGAAGGGAGCUUUGAGCGUCCGGGCGCGGCAGGAGGCCUUGGCCGGCGCCUCGGGUCGGUGGGUCGUGCGCUGCGGGGAAGGAGAGGCGCGUGGUACGGUUGGUUCUCUAACACUUGGUGACUAACACGGGUCAUGGGCUCUGUGGUGUUAGCGCUCCCACAGGUAUGUAUGGAAUUUUCUGAACUUCCCUUUAAAGAGCCCUAACUUCACGGUUUCGAUUUCAGGUAGCGAAGCGAACGCUGAAAGUCUGCGGGAGCAGCUCUCUGUUCUGCCUGUUCUUUUACCGUCACGUAAUCAACUAACUUUGUACGUGGAUUUCAGUGUAAAGUAUGCAUGUUCUACUUUUGUGUGUAUUUAAUCAUGAAAUUUAAUUUUGCAUUUAUUUGUAAUGUUUCUUUUAAAUAAAAGUGACUAAUUUUGUCGUAUUCUGUAUC